CCAGCACCCUGCAUCCACUAUAUCUGCUCUCCUACAGUACACAGAAGUGCAAUUAUUUUAAUAAAUAUAAACUGCUAAAUACCUUUUCUCAUCAGAAGUUAGAGCAGUCUUCCCACCACUAGCUAAAGCUUGUAGGAGAAGUUUUAUUUCUGCUCUAGGAGGAUGCAAAUCCCAUGACCUCUGUCUGGACAGUGCUGAUUGGCCCUGUGCUAAUCACGUGCACUCUCCAAAGAAAAAAAAAAUCCUCUCUAGCAAUACACACCAAACUGAGCAUGUGCAUGCCUACGGUUCAGUUUGGAAAUAAGAGGUGG